CUGUUCUUGAGCGCGAGAGCCGUAAGAUCAGGUGAUACUGGGUCUUUCAAAGCCGACAUCAGCCAAUAUCGCUUUAGAUUCUAGUUAUUUGGCUUUUACAAGGUUAACGAUGCUCAUACUUGCGAUGUUUAAUUGCUCUGCGUCUACGGGAACUCUUUAGAUACAAACAGAGGUCCUAUCCGGAUUCCCGCUGCUAAAAUCCCACCUCCCCCCUGGCUCAGUCCACCCAUCUGACCCACUCAUCCCCCCUCUCACUCACACAUCUGUGCCACAUGAGGCCCUGCAGUGUGACUCAGUAGACAAACUUACACCAGUCUGAGUGUGUGUCAGGCUUUCCUCAACAGUGCACCUCACUGUUCCAGCACAAGGGAGACCCAGUGUUAGUCCAUCUCAGUCUAGAAAGAAAUCCCUACUCUGGCCAAUUCCCUGAAGGCGAUUUUGCCUCCAACAGUGAGAGUGACAGCAGAGGAGGAGAUAGCUGGGGAGAUGGGAGAGCAGAAAGGAGGUAAAGAGAUGGAUGGCACCAUGGAAGAGCCCACAGAGGAGGAGGAUGAAGAGGAGAAGAAGGCACAGGCUGCUGCAGAGGAGGCAGCAGCCAGAGAGAGGACAGCUCAGAGGCAGGUCAUGGCCAUCGAGGAGAUGGUGCAAACAGAGCGGAACUACCUUAAACAUCUGCAGCUCUGCACAGUCACUGUCCACAACAACCUGCAAAAAUUACAGCAUCCUCCACCAAACCUGAACAAUAUGUUCCAGCACAUAGAUGAAGUGAUGGAUGUUUCCAGCAGACUCCUGAACCUUCUAGAUCAAGCAAAGAUACAGCUUAGCAACCCAAAAUACCUAGAAACACUCUGUGACUCUUUCCUGAGUCUGUCUCAAGACAUAGAAAUGGCUUAUAAGGAGUACCUGGCCAAUUACAAUAACAUCACCGCUCUGGAGAACAGCUACAAACAGAAAGAGACCCUUUGGAUUGAGAUGGUUAAAAUCAUCAAGUCAUCAGCUCCUGAUGUGAAUGCAUCUACUCUGAGUUUCUUCCUGGUGAUGCCGGUUCAGAGAAUCGCCCGUUACCCCCUGCUGCUUCAGACCAUCCAGAAACACACAGACCCAGAGCACCCUGCCUACUCCAUACUGGAGCACACCGCGCACACUGCAGUCCAGAUCAACUGCAGGAUCAAUGAAUACAAACGCUUCCGUGAAGUCGCUGACAAGUAUAAGAAGAUAGAGAACCUGACCAUCAAGGAUAAGAUCAAUCGUCUGAGUGGCCACAGCAUUGCCAAGAAGACAGCUCGGCUAAGCCAGUACAUAAAGCACGAGACAGGAAUGGUACCAAAGCUGAAGGAUGAAGAAUUUGAUGCCCUUGCCGGCUUCUUCUUUGUGCUGGAGAGGGGUGUCUCAGAACUCCACAGUAACAUGGAGGCCUAUCUCCACCAUUUGCAGAGAUUCCUCAGCUGCAGACCAGAAGAAGCAGAUCUUGAUCUGGAAGGCGAGAAAGCUGCACUGUUCUCUAAAGAAAUCACAGUGGCACUCAGACAGUGGAUAUACCCUGCAUAUGAGACGCGUUUGAAAACUUUAGUCUUUAAGCCCUUGAGCUCAUUGCGGGAGCUGAUGGCGGGACCACGAAAUCUCAUUUGCAAGCGUCAGGACAAGCUACUUGACUACGAGCUGAUUGAGGAAAAGAGCAACCUGAGCUUUGAGGAACAAGCCAUAGCCAACACCUACAAGACAAUGAACAUACUGCUGUUGACUGAGCUGCCGCAGUUCAAUGGGAAAGCCCUGCAGCUCCUGUGGGCCACGCUAGAGGCCUUCAGCUGUCUGCAGAGAGACCUGGCGGCUGAUAUGGAGCAGCUGGUCACUAGCUUUACCCAUCAGCAGCUCCCACACAGUUAUUUGGAGGAUGGUGAGUUUUGGAAGUGGGCGGAGUGUUCAGUGCAGGAGGGUUGGAGGAGGAUGGAGAGUCUGUGUCAGAGUGCUCAAGAUGAGCUCAAUGCUUCCAUUGUGCAGGCACUCAGUCCCAGGUCUGAACGCCGUCUGAAGACUCUGCUUGCCAAGCACAGCUCGGACAAGAUCUACCAGCUGGCAGGCCCAGUGGUGGGCACUCGUGACCUGGACCUGACCCUCAACAAGGGCGAGCUGGUAGCUGUUGUCAGUGAGAUGGACACCCGAGGAGACCGUCGCCGCUGGCUGGUGGAUGCAGGAGGACCCAGAGGAUAUGUGCAUGCCUCAAAGCUGACUCGCUACCACCAGGUGACUGUAGACCCGCCUCCAUCUCCUCAUCUGAAUGUCACUCCCACUGGUCCAGGACCCCGAAGACACUCCUACACUCCCGGAGCCCAGCCGCUCCUCACCACCACGACCACGCCCUGUUUUCAGGUUUAUGCAGGCUACGACUUCACUGCAAGGAGCAGUCACGAGCUCUCUCUGAGGGCCGGAGAGCCCGUGAAGGUGGUGGAACCUCACGAUAAGCGUGGAAACAAGGAAUGGAGUCUGGUGGAGGCGCGGGGCCAGAGAGGCUAUGUCCCCUCCAACUACCUUACCGUCCUACCUUCUAUAAUCUCAUCACCCAGCUUUCCUUAUUGCUAACGAGCAUUACUGUAGAGAUAAAACCUCUGCUGCUGAUAUUUGGUUUGGUAGCCAGCAUCCAAACACACAGACCAUGAGAAGCACUCUCACUGAAGAGCUCUUGUUUCGGCUGCUGUUUGAUGCUUCAUUUGACUGGUGUAUGGACUCGAGUGGUGCUUGGGCCCUGCUGUGUAGUGGUCACCCAUAUACUUGUUCUACGCUUUGCUGUUACCAGAGAAGAUUGUUUUAUCCAAUGAGGAAAGAGCUGUAGGGGCAGGCAGACAUGCUGUUGUGUGGAAAGCACAUGGACUGUAUUGAUGGAGCAUGCAGUUACCUGUGAUUAACCAACACUCAUUAAUGGGUAUUAAACUGCUUGGAUCCGCUCCUCAAAUGUACAAAAAUGUGCUCUGGGCUGCCCUGGGACUACUUGUUUUUUGUUGUUUUUUUUAAGAUGGUUCAACUUAAUCACUCUACUGUCUUACAAUUGAAGGAACUGAUAAUAAUAGUGCUUUACUGCUGAACAUAGUAGAUACAAACUAGAUCAUAGUUUAUAAGUCAGGCCUAGGGCUGGGUGAUACAUCGAAUACCCACUAUGUAAUCGUGAUGAUUUUGCUGACGAUAUAAAAUUCAACAAUAUUGUAAAUAUCACAAUGAUUUUAAUGAGCCUUUUAUGUGGCCAUUAAGUUUCAUAGAGAGCAUCAGUAGACUAAUUUCACAAUCAAAAUAAUAAAUCAAAAUAACAUCAAAAUGGAGAUAUGAUCUUAUGUGAUUGUUUAACUGCCAAAGGCUGUGAUUAAAGACAGAUAUACAUGGUCUGUAUGCGCUUCAGAAUGAACCGGCGACGCGCUGAUCUGUGUGCACGCGCAGGGGCGUGGGCUCGUGUUUUUAGCGCAGUUCACCUGCAUUGUGAAGUACUGGUACUGCAGGUUCAAGCAUUUACGCAAUUCCAAAUAUUAGUAACCACUAUAAAGUUAUUAUAAAAAUCUACAAAUGCGGAACAGUAAAGGAGAGUUUGACAGCGGUUCACAAGAUGCAAAACUCCUGGUGAAGGUGAAAUAAACACGACUGCACUUGCAAUGUCAAAAUAAUAACUCCAGUUUAGGGUGAAGUAAAUAGGACAGAAAUAUAUUAAUUUAUCUUUAACAAAUCUUAUCCUGAAAAUAAUAAUAAUUCAGUAUUUUAUUAUAAUAAUAAACUUGACUGGGUUUCACAUUAAUAAUUUAGUACGAUUCAAUAUUCAUCUGGUUUCCAAAAAAUAAGUGAAGAAGUUUUUGCACACCUUGUUCAUUCACAAAGAAAUUUUUUUUAGUAAAAAUAUAUGAAGGUAAAUACAAUUUUUGUUAAGCUUCCAUAUAUAAUUGUUUGUUAAAUAUAAGUCUAAACGUGCAAAUCAAUGAAAAUGAUUACAUUUUACUCUCCCUUGUGUUAAUUUAGUGGAAAAACUGUGGGAAACAUGCCUUCAUCAUUUUUAAAUAGAUUUUUAUUUAAUGCCUUUGAAAUAUUAAUUCUACAUGGCUACAGUGGGUGUUUAGAUGAAAUGUUGGUUCCUCUGAUCCUCUGAAAAAAGAACAACUUUUAUGCUAUCUUAGAGCAAAAACAUAAUUAUUGUGAUGUAUAUAGAAUAUCGUAAAUUUGCAGAAAAAUAUUGAGAUAUAAUUUCUGAAGCCAUAUUGCCCAGCCCUAGUCAGGCCUCUUUUGCUUUCAUUUCCGAAUCACUUAAAAUGAAUGUCUAAUAUUCACACUUCAAGAAAGUAUCAGCCACUAUAAAUUAUUUUAUUAAUACUUGAUGGAAACUUUUGAAAUAUUUUUUUAAUGUCAGUUAUACUGUAUAUACUAGUGGCCCUAAAAUGUAUUUGGACACUUAAAGGGAUAGUUUGCCCAAAAAUGAAAAUUCUGUCAUCAUUUAAUUAUUCUCAUGUUGUUCUAAACACAUAUGACCUAAAGGUGCAUUCAGUAAUUUAUGUAUAUUGUCUUGAACUUACAAUGACACCUAGGGGCAUGGAUGCUGCAUCAUUUAAACGCUAUAGUUUUCAGUUACCAGUGCCAUUGUUGUAAUUCAUUAUUUACAGUCAGCCAUGAAUAAUUUAAUUCAGUAGUUAAAGUGUCCAAUAACUGGGCGGUUACUGAGAUAAAGUAAUUAGUAUUAAGCUGGUCACGUGAUUCCAACAUGGAAGCCCCCAUAAGAGGACCCUCUACAUGUAGAAUAAAAGACCUUUUAUAAGGCUACUGAUACGACUGGGGUCUUUAUCUUAUGUGAGUGUUCAUGAUUGUAUACAUUUAUUUCAAAAUUACAAUUUAUUACUCAGUGCAACUUUAAGAGAUGUUAGGCAGAAUGUUCAAUCUCCGUCAUCAUUCACUUUCACUGUAUGGAGAAAAGUUGCAAGGAAAGUGGAUGCCGACUUAGGCUGUGUUCCAAGAAAGAAAGAAAGAACAUGAUGACAGAAUUGUAAUUUUUGGAUGAACAAUCCAUUUAAGCCACACUUAAAAAUGUGAUUCAUUGAAUAAGAUGGCAAGGCCAUUUAUAAAACCAAGUGCCAUUUAUUUUAAAGAAAAUAGCACAAGCACAGUUAAUUUCAGCAAAACAUUCAGAAAAAAAGUUUGUUAGACUUUAUUCAUAUUAUAAAAUAGAUAGUAGAUAUAUUUGUUCCAAAUGAGUUUUUUUGUGUGUGUGCAUCACUUUGUUAAAUGUCAUACAUUCACUAAUAUAUCAUUGGGACCAGUUGCUUUAAAGUAAUUGCAGGAAGUGAAGUGAAGUUUUGAGAAAAUGUCUAGCAUCAUUUUGUUGCAGAUACAACUUACAGUAGUUUGAUAUUUUGCUCUUAAAUGCAAAGAUAUUCAUACAUUUUCAAGUGUGGCUUAAGUACUUUUGACUUAAGUACAAAAACUUGUUGUGACUAUUGGAUACUGAAGACACCGUAAUGAUGUGAAAUGAUUAAGCUAUUCUUUUUGUUUGCAUGCAGAUCAGUUCAGGCUACUGCAUUGUUCUUGUGUUGCUUACCUCAUACAGUAACCUCUAUGAUGAAGGACUUAGCCCACAUUUCAAGGUUCAGCUGCAGAUAAGCCUUUGUUUCUGCUGUACCUGUCAUUAUAAACAGUCUGCCUGCAGUUCCAUCUGCUGUCCAAUUGAGGCAUCAGAGCAUCUUGUGUGGAGCUUGACAUGGUUAUUUUAGUGUUGUGCUAAUCUCUCUCCACCCCCCCAAACAUAAUCAUAUAUUAUUCAUCUGAUCCUCACAAUCGCCUUAACAGGGAUCCUGGGAGAGACAGUUCACCUCAUACGCCUGCUGUCCUCCUGGUGAUACUAACUUCGGCAUGUGGCAUCUUCUGUGCAUAAUGUUUUGAAGAAAUAUGUAUUGUUAUUUAUUUCACAUAAAAUAAAAAAUAAAAUAAAUAGUUGAUUUAAUCUCAGAUUAAAUCAAUGUCAUC